CCCGGGUCAGUUCCCGGGACUUACCUGGUCAUGUUGGCUCCGGGCAGCCGCCGCCACCGCCUCCCGCGCCGCCACCAGCACUUUCCUCCAGCGCCUUCGCGCCCCGCCACGGCCGCGCAGCCAGCGCCGCCGCCUCCGGGCGGCCAAUUUAAUCCCGCGGAGCAGCGGCCGCCGCCGCGGAAGCCCCCCUGGUCGCCGCCGCCGCCCAGCCCUCGUGCGGCCAGCCCAGUCCAGAGCGAGGAAGUGGAAGAGAGUCAGCGAGGGAAGACUGUGAGAUCCUGAGGCAUUGCAGACCCUAGGUUCCUGAGUCACUUCAUGGAACAAAGCACCUGGCUAAUUGCACUGAACUAUAACACAGGUAAUAAAGAAAGGUUUGUCUUAAUCCAGUGA